UCUCUCUCUCUCUCUCUCUCUCUCUCCGGCGAAAUGAAGUCGUCUUCCUCGUCCGAUGCGCCGACAGUGCCGCCGCGGCUGUGGAUCGUCCUGCGGCGCGUCGGCCUUGUGCAGUACGACGCCGACGAGGACCUAAUCCCCUCCUUGAAGGUCGCCAAGCCGCCGCACUUCUCCAGCCUCACCACGCCCACGAAAGCCCCCAGGCCCAGCGACGACGGCGCCGAGCACCCCUACGUCGUCGCCGCCAACGACGCCGGCCUCCUCCUCUACGUGUCCAGGACCACCUCCGUCCGCUUCGACCUGGACCCCAACCCACGGGGCAUGCUCUUCGUGCUGGCGCUGGCGCAGGCGCGCGACUUACUCCCCGCCGACACUGCCACCGGACGCGGCGCGUCCGCCUGCACCACCAUCACCGUGCGCGUACCGGACCGCGUCCGGCCCGAGCAGUCCCGCAUCUCCACCAUCAAGAGCGUCGGCCUCCUCCCCAUCCCCGGCACCGGCGGCUCCGAUUACGUGGUCGCCGAGCUCCUGGUCGCCGAUCGCGCCAGCCUCCUCACCUUCCGCUCGGGCAUGGACUCGUGGGACGAGAGAGAGCUGACCUGUCCCCUCGUCUCCGGGACCUGCCCGCGGUGGACUCCCCACGACGUGAUCUCCCACGACGGGAACCUCUGGUGGGUCGACCUCCGGCAGGGGCUCCUCUGCUGCGACCCGAUUGCCUACAACCCGGUGCUGCACUACGUGGAGCUCCCGGAGAUGUUCGCUCUAGAGUUUAGGUCCGAGAAGGAGGAGCAGAUCGACAGCUACCGAAUCGUGCGGGUGAGCAAUGGAAGGUUGCGGUUCGUGGACGUCGCCCUCGCCCGCGAGAGCAUCAGCACCCCGCGGGAGACACUGGUGGUCGUCUGGACGCUGGCAUUCGUUCCUUCGAUCGGCAAGGCGUCCUGGGAGGACCACGAGUUCGUGAUGACGACCCUAGCGAAGAUCUGGGAGGACGACAGCUACAGGCGGACGGGGAUGCCGCAGGAGGUCCCCGUGCUCGCCCUCGUGCACCCGCACAACCCCGACGUCGUCUACUUCUUCCUGCAGGGGUACCUCUUCUCCGUCGACGUGCGCCACAGCGCGGUCGUGGAGUUCGCCCGCGAGCCCUACAGCGAUCUGGUCCAGGUGAUCGACCGGCCGGUGAUCGACUGGCGCUACGUCCUCGCUUGGGUGCUGCCUCCCGUCGCUUCUCAAUGCCUCAAUGCUAGACAGCCAGGACAAGGAUGUGGCUCCUGCCGAAGCAUGCCAAUCACCCGCGCCAUCUUCUGACCUGACCGACAAGAAUGAAAGCACAUGAAGCAAAACCUUUCUCACGGUCGUGAAGGUGCGUAACGCCUCGAUCUGUUGUUGUUUCUUGUGUUGGCUGAGCAGACAAGAUUCGGGUUCCUAAUGAGUAUGAACUGGGGGAUUCAAGUUGAUCAUGUGCUCACAGACUAUCAAAUUUUGUCAGUUCUAUCCAUGCUUUCUCUCAGAAGUAUCGCAUACGGGUACGUAGAGUGCAAUCUUGUGAUGUUUUUUCAGCUAAUGGAUUCAGUAGUUUCAGAGCUUCUAAGGUUAGGGUGUUGUCCAUAUGGCUGCAUAUUGAAUUGUUGCCGGGCUAGCAAAAAUCCCAGCCCCAACAGGACAAAUCCACAGGGGUAAAAAAACUUGGAUUUUUGCUGAGUGACAUCGUUCUUUCUUUCUUUUUCUUUUCAUGCCGCGGCUUGCUUCCUCUGGUGGUCUCUCGGUGUUGUCC